AAUCAAGGCUUAAUUAUGAGCAAGGGGGGAGCUCAACUGCUAGCAGGGACAGCAUUGAAGACAAAUGAUCCACAAACUCUUAGAAUGGUUGCUGGAGCGCUUGCUAAUUUAUGUGGAAAUGAAAGAUUACACAUGAUGCUGAAAGAAGAUGGUGGCAUUAAGGCGCUUUUGGAAAUGGCAAGGUCAGGGAGUAAUGACGUUAUUGCGCAAGUUGCUAGGGGAAUGGCCAAUUUUGCUAAGUGUGAAUCUCGCGGAACUAUCCAAGGACAUAGAAAAGGUCACUCCCUUUUGCUUGAAGAUGGUGCCCUUACUUGGUUAAUUAUCAACUCCAAUACAACCUCGUCUUCUACAAAGCGCCAUAUUGAGCUCGCACUCUGCCAUUUAGCACAAAUUGAGGACAAUGCAUAUGAUUUCAUAUUCAGUAGAGGGCUGAUAGAACUUGUACGAAUAUCAACUGAAUCCAGUAGGGAAGAUAUCCGGAAUCUGGCAAAGAAGACGUUGACAUUGAGUCCGAAGUUUCAGCCUGAGAUCCAUGCCGAAUAG